AAGGGUGAAGGAGGAGGGGAGAUGGAACAAGGAGGGAAGAAGAAGAAGAAGAAGAAGAGGAGGAGCUGAAGAACGAAGAGGGGGAAGAAGAAGGGGGCAAGGGGGGCGGAGGGGGGUAGGAACGUGACCCUGACCACUAUAUAAGAUGGAGAGAGAGUCUGUCGCGGCCAUUUGUCAGGAGGAGAAGAACACAGCCUCGCGCGCCCCUCCCAAGCCUGUGUACCCUGUCGACCCCUGCCACACCCCUGCCCCCUACCCAGACCCCCGUGCAGUCCCCACCCCCUUCAGGAUAACCCCAACACCCUAUAAUUCCUUUUCAUGACACUGCAACGGUUUUAAUCCUCUUAUAUAUAGAAUCACAUCCUUUAUACUCCUUUCCUUGAACCUCUAGACUUCUUAAUCCUCUCUUCUGACAGUAUCUAACCCCUUUACUAAUUCUUAAUCCUCUGUUUGUCAUAUCUCUCUUCUUCUCACAGUAUCUAAUCCCUUUUUUACCCUUCCUGAUUCUCUGUUUCUCUUAUCUCUCUUCUUCUGACAGUAUCUAACCCCUUUACUAAUUCUUAAUCCUCUGUUUCUCAUAUCUCUCCUUUUCUCACAGUAUCUAAUCCCCUUUUCCCCUUCCUGAUUCUCUGUUUCUCUCAUAUCUCCUCUUCUGACAGUAUCUAACCCCUUUACUAAUUCUUAAUCCUCUGUUUCUCAUAUCUCUCCUUUUCUCACAGUAUCUAAUCCCCUUUUCCCCUUUCUGAUUCUCUGUUUCUCGCAUAUCUCCUCUUCUGACAGUAUCUAACCCCUUUAUCCUCUUCGUGAGCCCCCUGAACUCCUAUUCCUCUUGAUCCUUUUCUCCUGCCUGACACUAUCGCAUCCUUUAUCCACUCCCCGAAGUCCCAUUCCUUGACUCCCUUUCCUCAGCUUCAUUUGUUACCUUCCUGCCAUCUAUUCCGUCCUCGUGACAUCCAUUACCUGCUCGACCUCUCCCUCAAGCCCGAUUUUUUUAUCUUCCCUCAGCAUCCCUAGUUACAUUGCCAGACACCUUCCCCAUUCCAAUAAUCCCCUUCCUGAACCCCAAUUCCUUGAUCCUCUUUACCUUACUCAGCAUUUACCCCUUUACAUCCCUUUUAAACAUCUUUCAAAAUCUUUAUUCUCCUCUCAUCUCCUUCCCUCAGCAUCCUUCAUCUCCCUUCCUAAGCAUCCUCUGCAUUCUCUGUUAACACUGUCACACCAUUCACUCUCCCCCCUGAACCUCUAUUCCCCUGAUCCUAUAUCCCAGCAUCCCUUAUCUCGUAUCCCAUAUCCCCUACGACCUUAACAGCGCAUCUUCUACCUCUUUCUUUCUCCCUCCCCUUUACUCCCCUUUCGUCCCUCCCUUUCCUCCGUUCGUGUGACUUCCCUUCGUUUUAUUUUGCUCGGUUAGUGUUUUUCCUCCGCCUCCUCCUCCACCUCGUCACUCCUCCUUCUCCCCCCCACCGCGUCCACGUCUUUCCACAUCCACCUCGCCGUCCACUUCAUUCAGGCACCAUCAACGCGAGAGUAUCCUGGGAUCAACUUAAGGACUCUUCCGAAGGACUCUCCUCCCAAAGGACCCCCGAAGGAUACCCCUGAAGGACUCCCCCCGACCCCCCCCCCGAAGGAUGAACAAGAUGGCGCUGGUGGUGGUGGCGGUGGUGAUGCUGGCUGGGAUGGUGGUUGGAGAGCCUAUCACAGAAUGCGAGGUGAACGGGCAGGAGAUCGCGGACAGGGACUCUUGCACACGCUUCCACACCUGCGUGCCGGCGGAGGAUGGCAAAUUCAACACCCACAUCUCCAUCUGCGAGCCGGGCUUCCUCUACGACCUGGUCACCUCCACGUGUAUCAAACAGGAAACAGGCUACGUGCAGGACCCCGAAAGCUGCGAGACAUUCUUCGGGUGUCAUGAGCCAACCACCGGCGGGGAGGGGCUCAUCAGGCGACACUACAGAUGCCCCGGAGAACUUCGCUUCCACCCCAAGCAGAAGAUGUGCACGUACAAAGUCUUCGUGUCGGAUGACCUGUGCACCAACACCAACCCGGAGGAUGUGAUCAUUGGUACCCGACCCGCCACCCCCGCCACCACCACUACAACCACCACCACUACCACUGCAAGCACCACCACCACAGACCCACCCACCACAACUACACCUAACACCACUCCUGAACCAACCACCCCCACCACCACCAUCACCACCACCAUUCCAGAUACCUCCACCUCCACCACCACCACUACUACAGCCCCCACCACCACCACCGCCACCACGCCAGUCAGAGGUGGUGAGGAGCCGGUGCGGAGGGUCGGUGGUGGUGGUGCCUCGCGUCCCGAUGUGAGUGACCUUGCGCGCAUCACCAGCGUCAUCAAGGCCCAGCUCCUGCAGCGAAGUAAGGUCGCCGCCCCCAGCCCCUUCAUGGACGGUCAGGACUAGUGAGGGCCUGAGGUCAGCACGCCAUUCAAAACACCACCGCCAGCACCGCCAAUACCACCGCCACAAAUACAUUCACCACCACCACCAACACCAACACCACCGCCACAAAUCCAUUCACCACCACCACCACCAACACCACCUCCACCACUACCGACACGACCACAACGCCUAACACCACUCCAGAAUCAACCACCACUACCACCACAACCACCAUCACUCACACGACCACUACAACGCCUAACACCACCCCGGGUUCAACCACCAACACUCCACAUACAACUACCACUACUACCAGAGCCCACGCCACUACCACUUCAUACUUUUUUUUGUGUGUUCCUUGGCGCAUCACCUAAUUUUUAAACAGCUUCCGCCUCCACUAUUAUCUUUAUCUUGUUCUUAACCUACUUUCUUUUAUUUCAUUUUUAUUUUUCCCCUUUUUUCCCUAUCCCCUCUACCAGAAACAUCUCAAGUAUAGGUUUAACUGCCUCUACCAAUCCCCAGAUCACUUUCACCACCACCAGCAUCACCACCACUACCAUAAGCACUAACAUCACCACUAUCUCUGCUCACACACCUACUACCAGGUUCGUUUUUUUUUUCGACCGGGGUGAUUUAUUUUUCGACCAGUUUUCAUUUUCGACCGAGCUGAUGUUUUUUUCGACCGUACUGGUUUUGAACUCGUAAUUACUUUCUGUUAUUAAACACUCGAGGACGGGCGACCUUUCCUCUUUGUAAUUAGCAUACUACCGCCAUUACUGUCACGGCCACCCUCAUCUUUUAGCGAGGCCCCCGCAACUCUCUCUCUCUCUCUCUCUCUCUCUCUCUCUCUCUCUCUCUCUCUCUCUCUCUCUCUCUCUCUCUCUCUCUCUCUCUCUCUCUCUCUCUCUCUCUCUCUCUCUCUCUCUCUCUCUCUCUCUCUCUCUCAUUACAAUUACAACAACCAACAUUAUUACCAUUACCGAUAUCAUAACACACACACACACACACACACACCACCACCACCACCACCAUCAGCACCAUCACACAGCAGGGGGGAUGGAUCAGGUGUUGCAAUGGUGAUAUUUGCACCUGCCCGAUGAUGACACACACACACACACACACAUUAUCAUUAUUAUUAUUAUUGUUGUUGUUGUUGUUAGUGAAGUUAUUUUUUCAAUGUUGUUACUGUUAUUGUUUUCGUUGACUGUGUUGAAGUGGUGGUGGUGGUGGUGGUGAUGGUG